AUGGCUGAUUUCAAGACCAUUGUCCUUCUCCUCUGUUUAGGAGUGGCUCUGGCAGAGGACGCUGAACAGGAACUUGUUCGCGAGAAGCGUGGGUAUGGUGGCGGGUAUGGUGGAGGUGCUUAUGGUAGCGGUGGCACUGGGUACCUGGUGGUAGGCGCUGGCGGCGGCGCUGGCCAUGGACCAUUCGCUUCUGAGGUGGCGAAUCAGGCUGCUAAUCAAGCUACUGCCGCAGCCGCAGGUCAACAAGGAGCUGCCAUUGCCGCGUAUGGUGCCGCAGCUAGUCAGGCAGCCGCUGCUUCAUCAGCUGCAGCUCAAACAGCUCACUCUGCUGCGGCGAGCAAGCUCAACCAGGCAGCACAGGUGACACAAGCUGCCCAAGGUGCCCAAGCCGCAGCCUUCUCCGAGGCAGCCAAGCUUCAGCAGACCCUUGCUGCUGAGCAGGAAGCCAAGAACACGUAUAACUUGGCAGUGGCGACAACAAAUGACAUAGACGCUGCACACGCUGAAGCUCAGGCAGUAGUCACUCAGACCUUCCAGGCGCUACAGCACGCACGCGCAGUGCGCGUCACGCAGGCAGCCAUGGCCUGGGAGGCUCAACAAGCAGCCAACUCCCUCAAUCAGCAACAGAACUUAUCUGUGAAUGACCUGCAAGAAGCACAGUCUGCAGCUGCGCAGGCUACGGCAGCAUCGUCCAAGGCCCUCCACAAGGCCAAGGGUGGUGGUGGCUACGGUGGCAGCAGCUACCACUGAGUCAGUAACCUGUAUUUGUACAGAAAAAUACAGCAGGACCUCUCAUACCCACAUGGAGGGAACAUAAGUGUUGCUAACAGAUGCAAUAAUGUAUUUUCUUUAUUACCGCUGAUGUGUAUAUGAAUGUAUGCAAGACGGAGGCCUUCCUGGGGAUCAGAUAUUUUGAAAUUACGUUGUCUUCUGUAAACAAGCACACUUUAAUUGUAUACCCAUUUAAUUUACGCAGGGCUUGAGGCUAAGUAACGGGUGUGAGAUGUUCUCCUGUAAUGUACAUUCAAACGUAGAUUCUAUUUCACUAGUUAAGUAAACGAGU